UUUAUAUUAUAAUUUAUAAAAAUAACUCCAAAAUAAAAUUAAAAUCACACACUGUAACGACGUAAAAUCUAAAAGCAAUAUCAACACACUUGAUUGUAUAUUAUACGUUUAAAACUACCAUCUACUGCUACAGACAGGAUUUCAAAAUGGACAUGUUACGGAAAGCGUUGAGUGGUCAAGAUCGAGAUAAUGAUAGUUCUACUGGAAUUUUGCCUAAUGUUAAUCAAAUGUCAUCAUUAGAAUGGUCUACUCGUUUAAAAGGAUUUAUUGCUUGCUUUAUAAUUGGAAUUUUUUUUUCACUUUUGGGUGCCACAGCAUUAAUUUUACCUCUACAUAGAAGAAUAGCAGUAUUUGGUAUUUUUUAUACACUCGGAAAUAUUACAUCACUUCUUAGUACUUGUUUUUUAAUGGGACCAGUAAAACAAAUAAAAAAGAUGUUUUCAUCUUCUAGAAUUAUUGCAACAAUUAUUGCUCUUGCAAUGAUUGUCUUAACAUUAGUUGCUGCAAUUGGUAUGAAAAACACCCCUUUAACUUUUCUUUGCAUUAUUUUUCAAUUUCUUGCAUUGACAUGGUACUCUUUGUCAUACAUACCUUACGCUAGAGAUGCCAUUAAAAGCUCAAUGUCUACAAUCAUAGCAUAAUUCUUUAUUCAUUUGUUUAGAAGUUAAUAAAUCGAUUAUAUGAAAAUUAAUGGUUAACUAAAAUUAUCAUCACAGAUGAUAGAAUAUGAAAAUAGACACUGAUAUCUAUCAACUUGUUAUGCAGAUUGUAUUCCAGUAUGUCGUUUUGGUAAAAUUUAUACUUAAUUAUUUAGUGUUAAAAGUGAAUCCAGUUGUCCGCUAAGUCAUAAUUUAUACACUAUUGUUAUUUAUACUAUAUGAGUAUUUAUUUAAUACAAGCAUUUGUUGAAAAUAUCAUA